AUAUCAUCUUGAGAUUUACGAAGUCACCGUAGGCGCCUCGUCGUCGACGGGAACGUCUCCUUUGGCGAUUUUCCUCUUACUGAUUGUAUUGUACUCCUUAUACCCGCAAAAAAAAAUUGUAUUGUACUCGAAGAAACGAGAGACAAUCGUCAGAAGGAAAAAGGAGGCUCUGGUCGUAUCUCCGGCAGGUCUUCUUUUAACAUUCCUUUUUGCGGCCCUGGGAAGACCCCGAGGACAAGUUUUUGGUCCUGUAUAAGCAUACCCCCGUACGUUCACCGGAGCAAAAUAAAACGCGACGAGUCCCCCAACAUCGACCGACCUUUACAGCCCGAGGCAAGAUCCUCCUGAGAGCAGGUCCAACUCGACCGACCUUUACAGCCCGAGGCAAGAUCGAUCGCGACCCCAGAAGACCAAAGUACAGGUUCGCCGUUCACGUGCGAUCGACACGCGCGACAAUGAGCGUCGCCGGCUCAACCGAUGCCGCCGGCACGCGGACGGUGUGCAUGGCGCUCAAGAUCCCGGCGACGACGGCCAGCGGGGACCGGAGCCAAGCCUACAUCACGGCCAGGAGGUUCGCCGUGCUCGGCUACGAGUGGCAGAUCGACUACCACCCCAACAGCCGCUACCCCUACCACCCCAGUAAAAGCUGGGUGAAGCUCCGCAUCAGCCUCGUUCGCACUCCCUCGCCGGACGCCGGCGCCGUCACGGCCUCCUUCACCUUCUGCCUGGUCGAUCCCAGCCGCACGCUCAGGCCCUUCCGGGAGGUGGCGGCCAAUUGCCCUCGGUUCCGGCAAGGGACAUCCCAGGAGGUCCUGCUCGUGUCCCGGGCCGCGCUGGAGGCGUCGGGCUACCUCGCCCGCGACGGCAACUGCUUCCUGCAGUGCAAGGCCGUGCUCUCCCGCGAGACGUACACGUACGGCGGCGACGGAGCCGAGACCGCCAUCCAUCCCCGUGACCUGGGCCAUGACCUCGGCGACCUCCUGAGGAGCCAGAGCGGCGCGGACGUCACCUUCGUCGCCGGCUCGGAGUCCUUCCGCGCGCACAGGUGCGUGCUCGCCGCGCGGUCGCCGGUCUUCGCGGCCGAGUUCGCUGGAAGCCUGAUGGAGGAGACCCACGAGGUAAAGGACACGGACGCGGACGCCUUCCGGGCCCUGCUCCGCUUCAUCUACACGGACGCGCUGCCGCCACAGCUGGAGAAGAUGGGCCGCUGGCCGGACACCGGGAAGGAUGGCCAGGAGGCGGUGUCGAUGGCGCGGCGUCUGCUCGAGGCCGCCGACCGGUACGGUGUGGAACGACUCAAGGUCAUCUGCGAGGAGAAGGUGUGCGCCAGCGUUGGCGUGGGCACCGUCGCGACGGAUCUGGUCCUGGCGGAGCGGCGUGGUUACAAGAAGCUCAAGGACAGGUGCAUGGAGUUCCUGGUGGGCAGCCCGGCGGACAUGCUCGCGGUGGCGGCGGUCGGGGGGUGCAAGCUUCUCGAGGCGACCUGCCCCUCGGUUUUGACUGAGAUCCUCACGGCUGUCGCCGCUAGGAGCUGCCAACUCGCACUGGGAGGUGGUGCACUUAGUUAGCUGUGUUGGGUGCAAAUUGUGAGAGCGUGGGGGAGGAGGUGUCUGUUUUCUAUGAGCACUAGUAGAUGACUUCAUAAUUUUAUAAUUAUGUGUCGAUUGUAAAAAGAAAAUCAAGGAACUGGCAAAUUCACUAAUGGGGGUGGCUUCCGGGACGAGGAAAGG